AUGAAUAACUCUUUCGAGAAUAAAAAGCCGACACGGCUCUUCAAGCACCUACACUCAAUAUGGUCCAUAUCUCUUCGAGGGAAAUCUGAUAAAGAAGCAUAUACUCAAAAGAGGUCUGUUACAUCGGAAUCCAAAAGGCCUAUAGCCUUUCAAGGCGAGAUAUCCUCCACUGAUAGAAAAAUGGUCAAGUUGGCGGACUUCAAACAACAAACACUGAUUGUUAGCGAAAGCGACUCGUCAAUAUCAAUUUGCCAAUCGCCAUUAAGUCCGAUGAAUCUGAGAAGAGAGAACUCGCUUUCCCUGAUGUCUCCAAAUAGAGACACUGAAGAGUCUUCCAAUUAUGAAAAUUCUAAUGACGAGUCUGAGAUCGAAUCGCUUAAUACACAUGAAAAGUCCGAUAAGAUGCCCUAUGAUAAUAUGAUGCUCAACAACAACGAAUCACAAAACACGCUUUUAUGCGAUUAUAAUCCCAAAAUGUCGUCAAAAGCUGUGCGACAGAGGAGUUUCAAAAGACGCGAUUUGGCACCCACUAUUUUAACCCAAAAAGCCAAGCUCAGACGAACACAUUCUAUGUUUACCAGUACGAAUGAGGUAGAAAUCAGAAAUACACGUAUUCCAAUUUAUGACUCACGUUUAGAAAUUUCAAAACUACCAAUUCACUACGAAGAACAUAGCAGUGAUAAUCUACCGAGGAUAACAGUGGAGACUUUACUUCAAAUUAUGAAUGAUGAUUAUAGCAAGUUCUAUCAAGAAGUCUAUAUUGUUGACUGCAGGUUUCAGUACGAGUUCCUCGGUGGACACAUUAAAGAUGCAAUUAAUAUAUCGAAGCAAAAGCAAUUAGAAGAAGAGUUUAUUCAUAAAAGACACAUCAGAUGUUGUGACAGUGAAAGGCCGCCAUUAAUCGUCUUCCAUUGCGAGUUUAGCUCCUAUAGAGGUCCUAUAAUGGCAUCACAUUUGAGAACCUGUGAUAGAAUAAUAAAUCAUGACAACUAUCCGAAACUUCAUUUCCCUGACGUUGUCGUACUAGAUGGUGGUUUCAAAACAUUUUAUGAGAAAUACCCAAAUAAAUGCGAGGGUCAUUAUGUCUGCAUGGAUUCAAAAAAUCAUGAAUUAGAAUUGAGUGAGUUUAAAAGAGAUAGUAAGAAGCUAAUGACUCGAGCAAACUCAACUCAAAUAUUCCAGUUGAAAGACAAAAUUGGAACCUGUCCUGUAAGUUUGAGCGAUGUAAACAACGAUUAUAAUAUCCCACUCCCCAACAAAGUUACUACAGAAGAACAUCAACUGACCAAUGAACAAAACAUCGACUAUGAUGAAGAGGCAUCAUAUUUCAAUUUCAGCAUAAACGUGCCGCCCAAAUUGUGCCUAGACAGAUAUGGCGAAGGUUCUCCCAACAAUGGAUUAAAUUCAUCAAAGAGUAGCAGCCUAAGUACAAGUAGCAGGCUAUUAUUCUCAGAUGAAAUAGGGACUGAGUUUAAACCAAAAUUUCUGGAGCACGAAGAGUCUGAUUUAGAUUCAGAUGGAUAUAGUUUCCAGUUUGGUGAUGACGAUACUGACGAUAGAAUGAGUAACAUCACUGGGAAGAAACGAUUAUUCCCGGAAUUAGUCAAUGCGAAUAAAUAA